AUGGUAGUGGUGCUGAACGGCGUGCUCGCUGACGAGUGCCCCACGUCGGUGCGCGCGCUGCUCGCCGCACACCCCGGCUACAGGGACGCGGCCGCACAGCUCCUGGCCGCCGCCCCGCGGGUCGUCGGACCCCAGGGCCUGCUGUACGUCGCACAGCGUGAGCUGGCCGCCGCCGUGCCACACGACAAAAACAUCAGCAUCAUAGGAUCAGACGACGCCACAUCAUGUAUUAUAGUUGUUGUCAGACAUUCAGGGUCGGGUGCGGUGUCACUGGCGCACCUGGACGGGUCGGGCACGGGCGAAGCGGCGGCGGCCAUGGUGGCGCGCGCGCUGCAGCUGGCCGCCGGCUACCCCGAGGGCCGCCUGGAGCUGCAGCUCGUCGGCGGCUUCACCGACCCACACCGCUACUCCGACGAGCUCUUCGCAAACAUCAUGCUGUCGUUCCACCGGCUGUCGGAGGAGAUCGACCUGACACUUGCGUGCUGCUGCGAGCUGAACACGGCGCUGGGCGCGGGUGCGGGCGGCGGUGGGGGCGCGGCGCCGCUGGUGACGGGCGUGGGCGUGGACGUGCGCGCCGGCGACCUGUUCCCCGCCGCCUUCCCCGACAAGGGGCCCGAGCAGCCGCUGCGCGCCGCGCGCACCAUCACCGGCGGCCCGCACUCCGCGCAGGUGUUGGAUAUUUACGACAACGCAGUGGGCAUGCUCCGUAUCGGGCCGUUCAACUACGACCCGCUGCGUGGCGUGGACUUGUGGCUGGAGCAGUCCGACGAGUUCAUACUGCAGCACCUCAGCACCACGCCGAGCGUGGAGCCGCCGCACUUUGUGCACCACAUUCGGACAACGCUAAAGUUCAUCCAACAACAUCCAUUCCCCGCCGUGACUGUUUUUCCGGAUAACCGGCCGCAUUACUAUCGUCGAGAUGAACAAACUGGAUGUUGGGUCCCCAUGCGCUUUUAG